GCUCAUAAACACUGUGAUUCUAAACCUGGUCUCUUCCCUAUUGUAACUAUUAUAUAGUUUCUAGUAGCGCAGAUCAAGUGCGUGGACUAUACCCAAUGCUAAGUCCCGACUCCCGAGGCUAUGAGGACAUAAACAAUAAGUGAUAUUUGUUGCUACCGGUGGAGCUACGUUGGAUAAGGAGAAUUCGUUAGCUACAUUUUUUUCUAUUUGAGGAAAAAAGAAGCUGGAUUCAACACUGGGGAAGAAUAAUUUAUGACACUGGACGCUGCUGGCAUUAAUUAUUAGACUGGUCGUUUGCGGAGGACGUGUGUACCCUGCUGUAGUGAGAUCCCUGCUAGACUUGGUGACCCGGUAACUUCCACUGCUGAGGCUGGUCUGGAUAGAGAUUACAUUAGACACACUAUGGCUGUGCAAAACAAUCAUGGUCUAUUAACAAACCAUUUUCUAGGAGAACGUGAACCGUACAUUGAAAUAUUUGAGCAGCCCCGGCAACGAGGGAUGAGAUUUAGGUAUAAAUGUGAAGGAAGGUCUGCUGGCAGCAUCCUUGGAGAACGCAGUACAGAAAAUAACAGGUCAUACCCAUCAAUCCAGAUUAUGAAUUACAUUGGUAAAGGUAAAGUGAGGGUCACUUUGGUUACAAAAAAUGAGCCUUAUAAGCCACAUCCCCAUGACCUUGUUGGUAGAGACUGCAGAGACGGAUAUUAUGAAAUUGAAUUUGGAUCUGAUCGCAGAGUUUUAUGUUUUCAGAACCUGGGCAUUCAGUGUGUCCGUAGAAAAGAAGUCAGAGAUGCCAUACAUAUGAGAAUGAUCCGCAAAAUCAAUCCUUUUGGUGUACGAGAAGAGCAGCUCUUAUCAGUUGAAGAUUAUGACCUGAAUGUUGUACGACUGUGUUUCGAAGUCUUUCUUGCGGAUGAACAUGGAAACUAUACACAUGCUCUCGCACCAGCUGUUUCAAAUCCCAUUUAUGAUAACCGUGCACCCAAUACAGCUGAGCUGAGGAUAUGUCGUGUGAACAAGAAUUGUGGAAGUGUAAGAGGGGGUGAUGAAAUAUUUCUUCUCUGUGAUAAAGUUCAAAAAGAUGACAUAGAGGUCCGUUUUUUUACUGACGACUGGGAAGCUAAGGGCACAUUUUCACAAGCGGAUGUGCAUCGCCAAGUCGCCAUUGUAUUCAGGACUCCACCAUUUCACCGUCCUGUCUCUGAACCUACAACUGUGAAAAUGCAGCUCCGGAGGCCUUCUGACCAGGAAGUCAGUGAACCUAUGGAUUUUAGAUACCUUGCUGAUGAAAAAGAUCCAUAUGGAAAUAAAGCGAAAAGACUUAAAACAGUUUCCGAAAUUCCUAAGUUUCUAUCAAAUUAUGAUAUGAUGGGCAAAUUUAAAUUACCACAAACUGUAGAUGGAGGAACCAUAAAAAACGAGCCAGAACAAUUUGUGCCCCAACCUUGCAUACAAAUGCAGCAAUCCAAUACAAGGCAACCUGGUUUUCCAACAUCUGAAAGAAAUUCUCUUUAUCAAAAUACAAUCAGUUUGCAAUCUCUUCAGCAUGGUCAACAGCACAUUGCUCUUCCUAUGAAAACUUCAAACCUGUGGCAUAACACGUUCAGUAAUCCAACACAGUCACUUACCUUUAUGCAACCCUAUAUAGAAAAUCACCACACCUAUACUUCACAGGGCAACAGCGCAACUGCAAUGGAUAAUGGUGUCGCACAUAAUUUCUUUAACAUUUCAAGUUCAGGGAAUAUCAGACUUCCUAAUGAUUCUGUAUCAACCUUGCCGAAAACCAAUUCAAAUGGUUCUUUGAGCAGCCAGAACAAUGCCAUGUCUCACUCUUUCAUGGAUGUUACUAAUUCCAUUGGAGAUAUACAUCUGCCAUCCAGUUCUCUUGAUUCUACAAUUCCACCAUCUCUAAAGGAUGUGAAUCUGAGAGAUUCAAAUCAGACAUCGUCUUCAGGCAGGAUAGGCAUAACGUCUCCCACCAGACUGGUAUUCUGUGGCACCAAGAGCAAUAACUCAGCCUUUCUUCCAGAAGUAUUACAUUUCCCAGUAACUAAUGACCAAAGACCAACUGACACCCUCAUGCCUCCCAUACAAAAUUCAAAUCCAUUCAUAGACAUUACACCCAAUGAUGAUAAUUGCAUGAAUUUCAGCGUGGACUCUGAGUUUGAAUCUUUUUUGAAUAACUUUGCAGAUUCAAAAGAAAUACUGAAUCCAUAGCUGGGAUCUUAUAAACGGCAGAGUAACCAUGGGUAAUCAUGGCCCCUUGCAAAUUUGUGAGGUUGUAGGCACAAAAGCCAAAGGAUGAAUUUAAUUGUGAGAAAGAUAUACUGCAGAGUACUCUCAAGGUUCAUAUUCCAUCAACAUUUGAAGUUUGGCUUGUAUGUUGGCUACACAAACCAUAAGGAACAUUCUCAAACACAUUUAAAUGAACUCAAAUCAUAUGUUCCCAUACCAAAAAACACACCAAAAAGACAAAUAUGAUGGGUUUUUACAAAUAAUGAGAUUUAUUUUAAAGCACAUAAACACAUUUCCAUGAAGUUGUGUUAUUAAUCAGACCUCUUCUGUGAAUAGUGAAAUUAAAUUACAGGAUAAAUGCAUGUUGGUUGGUGAGCACAGUUACAUUUAUCAUUUGGCAUGUACUAUUUAUGUAUAAGCUUUCUACUGCCCUCCAAAAAUAAAGUUUCGACCUCCA